AGAAAUUUCUAGCUGGAGAGUCAACAAUAAAAAUACAGGGAGAGAGAAACAAGAAAGACGAAUCGGGACUGUUUCCGUUUUCUUGUUUGAUUUGUUGUUGCUAUUAACAGUUCCUUUGCUAUACAGAAAGAAGCCAGCAGAAGCAGAUCAAUAUAAAACAGAGGAAUUGAUAAACUUUUUCCUGCCGACGAUGGUGGGGAUUUUUUCCAGACUUUCCGUCGGUAGAGCUUCUCUCAGACGAACUCAAAGCGCCCUUGAUUACACAGAAGCUUUGCCCCCGAGUACGGAACUGACUGGCUCGGAGGUUGUGGCUUCAGCUGUUGCUCCCCAUGGGAUUCAGGUGACAGUUGAGUUUAAGCCAGUCGAACACCCCAUUGAGCCUCUCGACAAUGAUCAACCUAUUCAGUGUCCAGUACCUGAACCUUCAAUUCUUAAUGAUGGGAGAAUAUGGAAAGAGAGGGUAUCUGCAACCGUGAGAAGACGAAAUGACUUGCCAGUAAUGAGAGAAGAUGGCGGUGACACCCCUGAACCCGAAUCUGCAGGUUCUCAUCGACCGCCUCCCAUGCGCUCAUCAAAUCGUUUGAUUCUACCAUCUGUCAGUGCCCCUGAACAUAAUCUACUAAAGCUGCUGGAAGAAUGUAAUGCUUCUGGAAUCUAGAAGACGACGUGCUGGUUUUCCUUCAGAUUAUCCGUUGCUCCUCAUUUGUAUAUUUAUUACAGUGUAUAGUGUAAAAAUUGAACCUUUUGCUCAUUGUAAAAUCUGUCACCGAAGUUCAGCUCUCUAUUAUGCUGAAAAUUGUUGCCAGCAUUUUGGGUGAUCAGACAGUUACGAUAUUGAAUGAUGUGUUUUCUGUAAUUGACAUACACUUGUUUGAGUGCAUGCUAGUAUGAUUAUCAAGAUAUCAAAUGCCAUUUUAUUCAAAGGCACCCUGGAAAUUGAGUGCUUGUUUUCUUAGCUUGAAACACCUUAGAACACCAAAGUGAACGCCAAGUACAUGAGAUAAAAAAAAAACAUAAUUGUAACCUGACUGCAUUCAAGACAACAUUGUAACUUCCAAGUCUCGGUUCGAGCUAUGUUUCUCCUUUCUUGUCAUCCUCUUUUCGUCAUAAUUUUAAUAUCUAUCAGCGAAGAAUUCAGCGUUGGAUUCGAAUCCACGUAACAUCCUUAACUUCAGUUAUGGUUGUAAGAUUCUAUUGGUAGUGAAUCGAAUACAUAAGAGAAGACAUUGCAAUUGCAACUGGUUACUGGUAUAAUAUUGUUGAGACUUGCACCAAAAGAAAAGGACAGUUGCACUUGUGAGAAUGCUAUAACAACCACAAACCUGAAAGACCCUAUAUGUGGUCAAGAGAGCUAGCUACAGCUAAACAACCAACUCAGGAAGGUGAUAAAAUGCUGCAGGUUGGUCACUGAGAGCUGGAUUAGCAAUGUGAGCUCGUGGCUGCUGCCCUCCACGUAGGCUUCCAUGAUUCACCCUCUUCCACUUAGAAUCGCUAGAGCUGCUGCCAAGGCCGCCUCUGGAUCCUCCGUGAAUCGCCACCGCCAUGGAAGAUGGUAGAACCAGAGCCAGAACCAGAAGAAGAAACAGAAGCAAUGAAGCUGAUGGCUUAGUAGCUUUCAUGAAGGCUAGCUAGUACCUUCCUAGUCACUAAUGCCGUUUUGAUAUCGG